AUGAACCCGGGCGUGGGAUUCCCGGGCGUGGGUGGGGAUGAUGGAAUGAUGCCAGAGGGGAAGUUCCCCCUCACGAUUUGGGGUGUAAAGGCAGCACUGGCGUUUCGGGCAGCUGGCCCAGCUUUGCGGCACUCCGCCCGGCCCCUUCACUGCGCACAGUGGGUACCAAAGCGAAGAUGUCGGCUCUGUGGAUCGAGUUUCACACACCGGGUACCGAACGCGCUUUGGGACACGGCUGUGAGCCCAAACACGAGGGGCAAAACCCACGGGCAGGGCAGGGCAGAUGUUGGCCCAUCCGGCCCCGGGUCAGGCAGCACCGGGCGGGAUCCGAACCCCAGCGCAGGUUCUGCAGCCGCCGCUCACAGGGGCGGAGCGGUCCCAGCCCCGGAGCCGCCGCCAUCGCUCCCCCGAGCCGGCACCCGGCACCGGAGGCCAACACCGACCCGGGCCCCGCCCGCCGGCCCCUCCCUGGGCCCCAGCCCGGCUCUUCCGGGUCGCUGGCUCCGGUUCCGCCGCUCACGGCGGGUCCGGCGGGGCAGCCCGGGCCUCGGGGAGAGCGGGGCCAUGGCGGGGGAGCGGAGCGCGGCGAGGCGGGAGGCCACGGCCCGGCGGCUGGAGCGGUUCGCGGCGCUCAGAGGGGAGGCCGCCCCGGCCGGGCAGUUCUGGGACGUGGUGGCGGUGACGGCCGCGGACGCCGAGCAGGGCCAGGCCUACAGGGAGCAGCUGGCCGAGAAGCUGGGCAGGGGGCAGCUGCCCCGCGGUGUCCGGUACCAUGUCUGCGUGGAUCCCCCCGGACCCAAAAUCGGAAAUGGGGGAUCAACACUUCACGCUCUCCGAUGCUUGGAAGAUCUGUAUGGUGAUAAGUGGAGUUCUUUUCUCGUGCUGCUAAUUCAUUCUGGUGGUUACAGCCAACGUUUACCAAAUGCAAGUGCCCUGGGGAAGAUUUUCACAGCUUUGCCUUUCGGUGACCCCAUUUACCAGAUGCUGGAGCUGAAGCUGGCCAUGUACAUCGAUUUCCCCGGGCAGAUGAAGCCAGGGGUUCUCGUUACGUGUUCAGAUGACAUCGAGCUCUACAGCACUGCAGAAACCAUCACCUUCGACAAACCCGGAUUCACUGCCCUGGCUCACCCCUCGGACCUGGCGCUGGGCACCACUCACGGGGUGUUUGUGUUAGAUCCCUCCAGUUUUUCAGGGAAAGGAGGGCUGGAGUACACGUCUUGCCACCGUUUCCUGCACAAGCCUGGUGUCGAGAGGAUGCGCCAGCAGGGUGCAGUGUGCCCGAGAGGGAGCCCUUCCCAGCUGGGUCCCUCUGGGCACCGCAGCGACCCAGAGGGGUGCUCCGAGUGUGUCUACACAGACAGUAUUUUUUACAUGGAUCAUAGCACUGCAAAACAACUGGUGACGUUUUACAAGGAGGUGGGCACUCUUUGUUGUGAAAUAGAUGCAUAUGGUGACUUCCUGCAGGCCCUGGGACCUGGAGCCACUCAGGAUUACACAGAGAACACCAGUGGUGCCUCAGAGGAGGAGGCGCAGCUGGUGCAGGUGCGGCAGAAGCUGUACUCCCUCCUGAGAGGAACUGCACUCAACGUUAUAGUCCUGCACAACUCCAAGUUCUAUCACAUUGGGACUACCCAGGAGUAUUUGUUCCAUUUUACAUCUGACAGCAAGCUGAAAUUUGAGCUCAACUUUCUGCCUGUGGCUUUUAGUGUCUCUUCUUGCCAAGGGGAGACCUUGGGUCAGUCAGCGAGUGUCAUGCAAAGCAUUCUUGAGCCUGGGUGUUCUGUGGGACCUGGGUCUGUUAUUGAGUACUCCAGAAUUGGACCUGAAGUCUCCGUAGGGAAGAACAGCAUCAUUAGUGGAUCCUACAUAAAUUGGAAAGUAGACAUCCCUUCAAACUGCUUUCUGAGUUCAUUAAGCAUAAAAAUGAACAAUCAAUUAAAGUAUAUAAGCAUGGUGUUUAGUGUAGAAGAUGACUUGAAAAAGAGUGUGAAACACUUGUCAGAUAUACAUUCACUCCAUUUUUUUGGAGUCAGUUUACUAGAAUGCUUGGACCUCUGGGGUGUGAAGGUUUCAGAGCAGCUCUUCUCCAGCAGGAACACUCGUUUGGGGCUGUGGACUGCUAGAAUUUUUCCUGUUUGUUCUUCUUUAAGUGAAUCAGUUAGGAUGGCACUAAAAAUGUUAAAUUCUGUACAGCACAUGUCAGCUUUUAAAUUGAAUGACUUUCAGCUCUUGUCUGUGGAAGAAAUGCUCACUUUCAAAGAUGUAGGAGACAUGUUGAAGUUUAGGAAGCAAAUCUAUGAUGACAUCUGUCUACAAAGAGGAAAAGAGAAGUCUGGUUUGUAGAAGGAAUGGUACUUGAAUAAAUUCCCUGUUUUCAUUUGUGAAUGGUUGAUUACUUCCCAGCUUGUAAAAAUCAUAAAGAAAAACUACACAGAUCUUUUCUCUGAUGUAAUUGAAGUAGAAAUAAUGAAAUUGCAUUAACAACAUUGCUACAGCAUAACAGUAAUGUAGCAAAUGCAGAUUCUUUUGAUGAAAGAAGUAAUGAAAUAUUUAAGAUUUUUGAAAACACUAAAACACUAAUUGCUGACUUUCCUUGGGGUGCACAUUAUUAUGUUUUGUAUUCUUUGGCAGUAAGACAGGACAAGUAAUGCAGGACAAGCUCAUUUGAAAUGUGGCUGAAAACUGCUUUAAAAGUUUCUCAAAGUAGAACACCAGCUACAGCAAUAUGGAAUGAUAUAUUAAUAACUUGUAUUCCCUCUUUUCGUGCUGUCUUUGCAGCAUGAGUUGGUUUCAAAUAGGUGGAGAUUAAUUUAUUAAAAGUACUUUUUAAAUCAAAA